AGCCGCAUUCAUCGUUUUGAAUCUGUAGUUAACUAUGCUAACUGUGUGUUGUUAGAGUGCGCUAUAGUUAAAAACGCCAGCUUUCUUUAGCUAUAUAUACAUAUUUAAAGAGUAUCGGCGAGUUGUUAAGGCGUGAGGGACAAUGUAACUAGCAGCUGGGAAGUAAUGUCAACUCAUCACGACUUAGUUUGUUUACUAUGAACGCCCUGUCGGCCGAGCCUCUGGCAUCAAGCUCAUCAUGUAGAACGCUGCCUGGAGAGGGAAAUCAGGUACAACCAAAAGCCCCUCUCCUGCAGAUUCUGCGUGUUGCCGGAGCUCAGGAAGAAGUCUUUACACUCAAAGAGGUGAUGCACUAUUUGGGUCAGUACAUCAUGGGAAAGCAACUGUAUGACAAACAGAGGCAGCACAUAGUCCACUGCCAGGAUGACCCUUUGGGAGAGCUGCUGGAGGUGGAGAGCUUCUCCGUCAAGAACCCGAGCCCGGUGUAUGAAAUGCUCAAGAAAUAUUUAGUUGUGCUUGGUGGUUCUGACGCUGCAGAGAAUCUUUCUGUGGGCCGUGAGUGUGUAGAGGGCGGAGUGGAGGAUCGUGGUCAGAUAUGUGGAGGUGUGGUCAAAGCAGGGCUGGAGGCUGUCAGUGCUGCGCCUCUCCUGCCGACCCCCUCCCAGCGAAGACCUCGGGAGCCCGACGAUGACUCCCUUGAAGGCCUGCCACGGUCAGCCUGCAAACGUCCAAAACUGGAUGUUACUUUAGACGAGUGGGACCUAUCUGGCCUCCCCUGGUGGUUUCUGGGUAAUCUCCGUAGUAACUACAGCCGCAGGAGCAACGGCUCCACUGACAUCCACACUAACCAACUGUCUCCUGCACAGGAGGAGGACACGGCCAUCGUGUCGGACACCACCGACGACCUCUGGUUCCUGACGGAGGGUGGGAGUGAACAGGUGAGCGUGGAGAUGAAAGAGGCUGCACUGGAUGAAGGGAGCGCAGGAGAAGGGGAGGUGCUACCUGAGGAUGACGAUGGAGGAGGGAAGGAGGAGAAAGCAGAUAAAGAGAUGCAGGAAGAACCAGAGGAGGACUCUCAGUGUCUGAGCGAUGACACGGACACAGAGAUCUCCACACAGGAUGCGUGGCAGUGCUCAGAAUGCAGGAAGUACAACACUCCUUUCCAGAAGUACUGUGUGCGCUGCUGGGCUCUGCGUAAGAACUGGUACAAAGAUGUCCCCCGACUCGCCCAUUCCCUCUCCGUUCCUGACAUCCCAGCAUGCAGCUCUCUCACCACCCAUGAUAAUGAUGAGGAGGAUGACAGUGACGCGGGCAUUGACGUCCCAGACUGCAGCAGGACGGUGUCGGACCCCGUCAUCCUGCCCUCCCACUCCACAGCCGACCGCCCACUGCCCACUAUGAUUUCAAGGAAAGGCAAGGAGCCCUGGCCCUCCAGCUUUCUCAGUGAUGGGCAGUUUUCAGGGGGGGACAGUCAGGAGAAUCUGGGCAUGGAGAUUGAAGAAGUUAGGCCCGAGGCCCUGUUGGAGCUUUGCAAGCUGUGUCGAGUGCGACCACGCAACGGGAACAUCAUACACGGACGUACGGCUCACCUGCUCACCUGCUUCACAUGUGCAAGGAGGCUUCACAAGUUCCACGCUCCUUGUCCUGGGUGUGGGAAAAUCAUUCAAAAAGUUAUUAAGAUAUUCUUCAUCUAAACGGUGCACACACAUCUGCUAGCUUCUAGGGACACGACAACAUAACAAUACAACACACAUUCGACAGUUCACAUGCACACUCUGCUCAUAGACACACACACAUACAAAACGUGCACCUUACCAUUAAAACCAACACAGAUACACACACAUUUAUUAUAAGUAUAGCACUUGGUGAAGCUUGCUCUUGGUUGCAUGCUUUACUUUACAUCACAGUGCCUCUGAAGUAUUGUUAGAAGACAUCUUGGACAUGACAGUUUGUCCUACCAAAUGUUUGUUUUGGAGCCACAUUGUCAAUAAGGGACAUGCAAAAGUAUUUAUUGAUGUGAAGAUCACCUAGGUGUGUACAGUUUGUGUGAGCUUUUAUUUGAAUUCAUGAAGCCUUGUUCUCCAGGCUGUGAAUGUUCUUGUUUUUUACAUUGAAUGAUGCUGGUUAUUAUUGCUUCUCUUAGUUCUGUUAGUUUUGUCUGAUUUCUUUCCCCAUACAGUAGAUCCACGAGAGCCUUCAUCUGGACAACAUGGAAAGAUCAGUGCAGGUGUUGUGGCUCUUAUUUGAGUUAUGAAGACAAGAUUGAAGGAACCAUUUGCAGCUCCAUGGAAGUAUCCUCUUACGCUUCUCAAUCUUCUCAGCAUACUUGGAUGUACAAUACAAAUGUGGUUUAAGUCAAGUUUCUCAACACAUUGUUUUAAAAUGUAGAAUUGAAUUUAGCCUGCUUGAGAAUGCACAGCUGAAGUAUUUACUGUAAUUUCCUCUCGGGCUAGUAAUUUGAUGUUUAAUAUGUAUUCAAUACCAUAUUCACAGCUGCCAAGUCUCUGAUGACAGUUAUGCCUGCAGUAAGUCAUGUCAUAUAAUUGUUGGUAGUUUAACUUAUCUUUCAGAAAGGGUACUUAACAUCUCUUGCUGAACGGUUGAUAAAUGAACAGUUCCUGUAUAUUCAGUAUUUAAUUUAUUUAUGAUUCAGUUUUAAUUCAGAUGACCAUCACCUCUAAUGAAGCAGAAAGGCUGCGUGUGUUACGAAGCUCUUCUGUGUUGUACAGCAAAAUCCUUUUCUGGAAGAUAUUUGAAAAGUUAAAGGACACAGGAUAAGUUACUAAAUGUACCCUCGAUGGCAUUUGUUCUUGGAGGUUUUAUUUCAGCGUUACACUGCCACGUAAUGACUCUGAACUUUAAUUUGUAUAGUAUAUAUUUUAUUUUUAUGGCUCUGUAUUAUUUGAAGAUUGUAUCAGUGUGUGAGCUUCCUCCAAAUACAGUAUGCUCUAAAACGCUAACAGUUGGAUAUCCAGUGACCGAAAGUUUUUCAUUCUUGACUCUGCUCAGCGCGGAGGGAAUGUCGUAGCUCUUGAUCUCCUCUUUACUUGUGCUUAAUCUUUCAGCCAGCAGGUGGGGAAGUCUCAUAAUUUAACUCGUGCCCACUGCCACUGUACAGUAACGGUAAUAACAUGUAAUGCAUUCAUAGAGCAUGCCUCCCGUUGUGACUAGAGCCAGCACUGAGCUGCUGUGAGAGCUAUAUUAGAUGUAUAAGAGCUAUACAAGAUUAAUGUAACCUGUUGUAUUUAUCUACAUAAUUGUGCACCGAGGGAAAUAAAGCUUUGUCUAUAUAAAGACUAUAGAAAUGGCUAAGCACGUAUUAUAGAGUUGAUACUGGUUCUAAAUGACUGACUUGUUGCAGUUCUAAGAGUAAUGAGGGUUAACAUGGUACAGCUCAUAUAGUUGUUUUUUCUACCUGUCAUGGAAUAAAAUUAAGUUUCAUAAAGCAAUAA